UAUCCUUCGAGUCUCGACCUUGCUUCCUCUUCUUCCAUCGCUACAACCCAGAAGAAGACGACGACGAAGAAGAAGAUACAAUUUGCCGGCGGUGGCUGACGACUGAUAACCCCGACGGACCUCUUCACCUUCGUCUUUACCUCUCUCUUGCCUUAGAACACAACCUCUCAGCCAAGGACCAUAAAUUUGGAUCCCAAACUUCAACUAAUUUGUCCCUAAAAUUAACCUAGGGUUUCAUUGUUUUCUCUCUGAACACUCAUCACUAACCCUCUCGAUCGUCGCCUUCAGCUGUCUGUGAUAAUUUUAGCCAAAGGGUUGGAUUUUUUAACUGCAAAGUUUUUCGUUUCGUUGGUUUUCUGAGAGGGUAGUAGUGUCUGCAGAAAUUGAUGUGAUAAUAAUACAUGCGAAAGCAGAAUAUUAGGGGACAAUGGCUGUUCAGGCUCCUGCUAAAAUGAAUCUGGUUGAAGAUUUUGAUGAUGAUGACAAACCUUUAACUUUUAAGAGGAGUGUUCCAACAUCCAAACAGAACCAAUUGAAUUCAGAGGUAAAGAGACCUUUAUCACAGAGGCCCGAUGGACUGUCAGCAAGACCGGUUUCGGGCAGAGUCGGUCUGAAUGGCCUAAACUCCAGUUCGCAAAAGGGUAAGGUGGUUCAAUCAAUUAAGGGACCAUCAGUGGUGAAAUCCCCCAUUGGCAGUCCAAAAGCUUCAACUGUAAGGACCACACCAAUGAAGUCUCCAGUAACAAAUUCAGUAUCAUCUAGUUCAUUAGUUGGCCAAUCUAAAUCUUCGUCCGAAAGAAACAAGUCUAGUGUUGUUAAGGAAGAAAGAAGUUCUGCCAAACAACCUAUAAAAUCCGAGGAUCAUUCUGAUGAUUCAGAUGAUAAUGUACCUUUAAGUGUAAGACUCAAUGGGAGCACAAGCCAGGGCAAUAAGGGUCUUAGAAAACCAAUGACUGGACUGCCAACGACAAAGAGUAUUGUGAAAAAACCUCCAGACGACUCGGAUGAUGAACCUUUGUCAAAUAGGUUUCAGGCGAAACCCAAAGCAGGAACAUCAGGUAGUAAGCCCAAUGAUUGCAGUGAUAAGAAGCCACUGUUGAGUACUAGUAAACAGAAUGGUUCCACCACAACAGAUGGGAAAAAACCUUUAAACUCUAGUAUGAAGAGACCUUUGGAUAGGGAAAAGUCAGAUAAUUCUUCGGUUAAAAAGCCAAAACUUUCAGAUUCACCUGCACUGGUGAAAAAUAAGCAGGUAUCAGUCAAGGCCGAAUCCAAGGUAGAUGAUGACGAUGAUGAUCAUGUUCCAAUUUCCCAAAGAAUCAAGAAGACACCUGUCUCAAAUAAUAACACAUCAACCUCAAGGCAAAAGGUCACAAAAACCAUUUCUUCAUCAUUCAAGAAAAAUACGAAGUUUAAAAAGGUAGUGAAAAACUCAAAAUAUUCCAAGUCAACUAAGUGGUCUCCUAGCUCUGGUGAUGGCCAGAAAAAAUGGACUACCUUGGAACACAAUGGUGUUAUUUUCCCCCCUGCCUACCAACCUCAUGGGGUAAAGAUGCUUUACAACGGAAAGCCAGUUGUCUUAACUCCUGCACAGGAGGAGGUUGCAACAAUGUUUGCAGUGAUGAAAGACACAGAAUACGCACUUAAAGAAGUAUUUAGAGAGAAUUUCUGGAAUGAUUGGCGAAAGUUACUGGGCAAAAACCAUGUAAUUCAGAAAUUGGACUUUUGUGAUUUUACUCCAAUAUAUGAUUGGUACCAAAAUGAGAAGGAGAAGAAGAAACAAAUGAGUUCAGAUGAGAAAAAAGCCUUGAAGGAGGAGAAACUGAAACAAGAGGAAAAAUACAUGUGGGCUAUUGUUGAUGGUGUUAAAGAGAAGGUUGGUAAUUUCAGAGUUGAACCACCUGGAUUAUUCCGAGGUCGUGGGGAGCAUCCAAAGUCUGGAAAGCUGAAAAGACGAAUUCGUCCAAUUGAUGUCACUAUAAAUAUAGGAAAAGAUGCUCCAGUUCCAGAAUGCCCCAUCGCUGGUGAAAGGUGGAAAGAAGUAAGGCAUGACAACACUGUAACGUGGUUAGCUUUCUGGAAUGAUCCUAUCAAUCCGAAAGAAUUCAAAUAUGUGUUUCUGGCGGCUAGUAGCUCUUUAAAGGGACAAAGUGACAAGGAAAAAUAUGAGAAAGCAAGGAUGCUGAAGGGUUAUAUACAGAAUAUACGUACUGCAUACACAAAGGACUUUACAAGCAAAGAUGUGACGAAGAGACAAAUAGCAGUUGCUACCUAUCUGAUUGAUAAACUUGCUCUGAGGGCUGGGAAUGAAAAGGAUGAUGAUGAAGCGGAUACCGUUGGUUGUUGCACAUUGAAAGUAGAGAAUGUAAAACCAAUACCCCCCAACAAGUUGGAGUUUAACUUCCUUGGUAAAGAUUCAAUCAGAUAUGAAAACACUGUUGAAGUUGAGCUUCCUGUUUACAAAGCAAUUAUGCAGUUUCAAACUGGAAAAAAGGGGAGUGAUGAUCUUUUUGACUUGUUGGAUACCAGUAAACUGAAUGCUCAUCUUAAGGAGCUCAUGCCUGGACUUACAGCAAAAGUUUUCCGUACUUAUAAUGCUUCGAUUACCUUGGAUGAUAUGUUGAGUCAAGAAACCAAAGAUGGAGACCUAGAAGAGAAAAAGACAGUUUACAAUACUGCAAACAAGCAGGUUGCAAUCAUUUGUAACCAUCAGCGUACCAUAUCCAAAUCGCACGAGGCACAAAUGUCAAGGCUAAUGGAGAAAAUUCGUGAACUUGAGGAUGUUCUUAAAGAGCUUAAAGUAGAUUUAGACAGGGCAAAAAAAGGAAAGCCUCCAUUGAAAGAUGCCGAGGGAAAGACAAAGAGAAACUUAAACCCCGAAGCGUUAGAGAAAAAGAUAGCUCAGACGAACACAAAGAUAGAGAAAAUAAAACGGGAUAUGCAUAACAAAGAGGAUACGAAAACAGUGGCGUUAGGCACAUCAAAAAUCAAUUACCUUGACCCUAGGAUCACAGUUGCGUGGUGCAAAAGACACGAGGUUCCCAUUGAGAAGAUAUUUAACAAGUCUCUCCUUGCAAAGUUUGCUUGGGCAAUGGAUGUAGACCCGGACUUCAGAUUCUGAUUCUCGGAUUUAAGUGAUGAGCGGCACCAACUCCGUCGCCACCUUUUACCAAGAGAAGGCCCCAAAACUAGAAAGAGGAGAAAGAACUUUGUUUCUUGUUCAAUUAUAGAUAUUCACAUUUUUUUUUCCCUUUAAUUGUUGCAGCGGAAAUUUAAUGUUAUUGUACAUCUAAUCUAAUGAUGAUGGCAGAGUUGGCCCUUCUUUUUCUUCAUAGUUCUAUUAAUCUUUUUUUUUUCCCAAAUAGGAGUUGCUAUCAAUUGUUUAUUUGGACUUUCAGACACUUUCAUACUAAUGAUUUUAAUGUUUGAAAUACAUUCACUAACUCUAAGUAACAACAAUUUUCUUAUA